AUGGAAACUGCUGUUGAACUUGCACCGGAAGCCUAUCCGUGCCGCUGGGAUGAUUGCGCUAAAUUGUACACUGAUCCCGAACUGCUCUACCUUCACUUGACAACAGAUCAUGUUGGUCGCAAAGCAACUCGAAAUCUCUGUUUGAAAUGCCACUGGGCAGACUGCUCAGUAGAGACGGUCAAACGAGAUCAUAUCACUAGCCAUUUGAGGGUACACAUUCCGCUAAAACCUCACCACUGCAUGUACUGUAACAAAACCUUCAAACGGCCACAGGAUUUGAAGAAGCAUGAAAAAACUCAUACGGAGGAAGAAAUACAACAAGCUUUGGCGACACAGCACUAUCUUCAGCCAUCGCCUACCGGUUUACAGCCAUUAACUCCACCCCGCUACCCACAGUCUGACAAGUCUCUGACUCCUAACCAUAUUAAUCAGCAUUCACCAUCGGGCUAUCCAAUAUCACCACCUCAAAGUACUUAUUCUGAAGGUAUGCCGAUAAAGAAAUAG